AUCCCUCGCCCCACCUCCCAACCCCCCAUGGCCGCCACCCCCUCCUCCUCCGCCCCAUCCCAACACUAGCGCGCCGGACCACCAGUCCACCACCACCAGCAGCUGCACUCCAGAUCUCCCGCCGUCGCGUCGCGUUGGGUCACAUGGCGGCGGACGCGGCGCGGGGCCCGCGCGCCCCACGUAGGCGCGGCGGCGGCGCAAGCGGCGGGGGCGCCGCGCGCGUGCGCCCGCGCGCCUGGUGCUGCUCCUUCGCCGGCGCGCCGGAUAGCCCCGACCUCCGCCCGCUCCCCCCGUCCUCCGCCGCCGCAGCUGUCGCGUCCCCGGCGGCGGGGAGGAAGCUGCCGCCCAAGUCCCCCUCGGCGCCGUCGUUCCACGGCUCGCCGACCUCGUCCAGGCUAGCGGGCCUCGGCGGGCUCAUCGACCCGCGCCGCAUCCUCUCGCCGGGCCGCGUCUCCCCCAUCGACCCCGACGGCGUGGUCCCGCCGCCCCUCCCGCUCCCCCCUCCGCCGCCAACCGCGGCGGCGCCGGCUCCGACCGAGGACGCGGCUGUCGUCGUGGUCCCCGCGGAGCGGCCGGCAUUGGCGUCCGCGUCGGCUUCGGUGGCGCCGCUGGUGGCCGUGCGGGAGGAGGCGGCAGCCAGCGGUGCCGCGCUGGAUCUGAGGCUCUUGCUGCGGGGGAGGGACGGGAGGUGCGUGCACAUGGAGCUCGACUCCAGGGUGCUGUGCGGCUGCAGCGCCUUCUUCGCCGCCAUGGCGCCCAGCGAGGACGCCGUGGCGGGUGGUGGCGGGAAGAGAAUAGAGGUGGAUGGGGUGGAGAAUUUGGAUGCUUUCAGGGCCGCAGUGGAACUAAUGUAUGAGCCUGAUCCGAUGCGGUGGCUUGCAGCUGCCGGUGUGUCGCUGGCCAUCGAUGUGCUAGAGGUAUGUUCCUCAAUCAUGUUCGACAGAGGAAUAAAAUCAUGCUUGACAUACAUAGAAGCUGUUCCCUGGAGUGAGAAUGAGGAAGACAAGCUGAAGAAUCUCUUUGCAAGAUUCACGUUUGAUGAAGCAAUAUCCCAGGAUAUACUGGCAAGAUUGCGUCCGCACAGCUGGAAAAGCUCAGAUGACCUCACGGUGCAGCUUAUCCAAUCUGUCACUAGCAGCACCAACAGCGGGGCAAGAAAAGACAUGCAAUCUCUGGUAAAUGGUCUUCUAAGCAAAAGUUCAGUCUAUCAAAAGGACACCUCAGGGCUAAACAAGGAGAGCCUGUACCAAAUCUGUUAUUCUUGUUUGGAUUCACUGGUUGAUCUCUUUGAGGAGGCCGCAGAAUCAACAGAUCACACAGGUCAGGCUGUGGUAGUUAGAGGGAGUAAGCCACUGAUCGAGAGGGUAUCUAGCCAAACAGAGAACCUCAACUGGCUCUUAGACAUCCUUUUGAACAAUGACAUGGCGGAGGAAUUUGUAGAACUGUGGGCGAAGCAAGACAGGCUCAUCAGGAUGCAUGAGCAAGCAUCACCGAUGAUCAGGUAUGAGCUAAGCCGAAUAUCAGCUUGCGUGUUCAUUGCACUUGGCAAAGGAAAAGUGCAGUGCCGUGGUGACGUACGGAGCCUUCUCUUUCACGGAUGGUUCAGCACGAUGCUGUUGGAUUUUGGCUGGCUACAGCGCUGUUCCAAAGGUCUUGAUAUCAGAUCAUUGGAAGAGAAUUUAGGGCGAGGUCUUCUAACCCUCCCACUCAGGCAGCAGCAGAGUUUGUUUGAGGAAUGGUUCCAGUUCUAUGCGACUAAAGGAGCUGAGUGUCCGAACCUUAUUAGAUCUUUCCAGGUAUGGUGGAGAAGGUCUUUCAUUAGAUCAUCGGUAGAACCUCGAAGCUAAGGUUUCUUCUUGAUCUAUUAGUAUGCGCUGUGUGUAUGAUUUGUAAAAUUGGAACUGUUGUGAUGACCCGUAGAGUUGAAUAUUGUUUUCUGUAGUUUAGCUCUUCCUGUUGUAUGUGAAUAGCUGGGUGAAUUUAUUUGAGGAAUGGAUAGCAGCUGUGAUGUGUGGUUUAGCAAGGGAUGGUGUCGUUCUUAAACUGUUAUUGUUACUACCUCUGGUCAUAAAUACUUGGCAUUUUAGAUGAUCUAA